AUGACGCUUUCAAAUUCCGCUAUUAUCGUUAUCGUCUUAGUGUGCUGUCUGGCCGUUAUAGCUGUCUGCGCAGCCCUAUUUAAGCACUACCAACCCCCCGAAGAGACUACUGUGUCUGCAUAUAAUGCAUCAGUCGAACAAGAUAAAUACAUGAGGACAGUACGGGAACGGAACUAUGGACAUCUGAAACACGCGUCCAUGAGCGGACAGGAUGUCGAAGCUCGAUACUCCCAAGCUGAAUUGAAUGGCGGCUAUCCUUAUGGUCACAACAACCCCAGUCAACAAUUCAGUCAAUACGAGUCUUACUACGGGCCAGAAACUCCGUCUGCUUAUGUCGAGACUCCGUACGUGGAAACUCCCUAUGUGGAAACUCCCUAUGUCGAAACACCUUAUUUGGAACAUGAAGUCAACUACUCAGAAAAGCAACCUCAUGUUGUCGGAAAGGAAGCGCAUGCUACUCAAGAAUCUGAACUUCCUGUCCCCUCUGUCCCUGCUGCGACCGCGAAUACGACUCAUUAA